AUUAGUCGCUUAAGUGAAUGGGAUUAUCCUAUAUUUCAAUUAUCAGAUUGUGUCAAAGACUUUAUAUUGAGUAAGGUAUCUUAUAAAUUAUUUAACGAAGUUGGAUUGUUUGAGACAUUCCGAAUACCGUUACCAGAAUUUAUGAAUUAUUUCCAUGCUUUGGAAUUAGGCUAUAGAGAGAAACCAUAUCAUAAUAGAGUACAUGCUACAGAUGUUUUACAUGGUGUAUAUUUUUUAACAACUCAACCUAUACCAGGUUUUUACUUGAAUGAAAUACAUGUUGAAAGUAAUUUUAUUUCAGAAACUGAGAAUGAACCACGAACUAGUUUUAAUCGGCCGAGUUUUGCAGCUGAUGAUAGUUAUGGUAUAAUGGGAGGUAAUUUUCCAGCAUUAGAAUUAAUGGCUAUGUACACAGCAGCUGCCAUGCAUGAUUAUGAUCAUCCAGGUCGAACCAAUGCUUUCCUGGUAGCAACUCAUGCAUCAAAGGCUGUGUUGUAUAAUGAUAGAUCUGUCCUAGAAAACCAUCAUGCUGCUGCAGCAUGGAGAUUAAUACUCACAAACCCUAAAAAUAACUUCCUUCGCUCACUUGAUGCUGUCGAAUUCAAACGAUUUCGAUUCCUGGUAAUUGAAGCCAUAAUAGCAACAGAUCUGAAGAGACAUUUCGAAAUCCUAGCAGAAUUUAAUGCCAAGGUUAACUGUGAUGAAUCACCUGGUAUAGAUUGGACAAGUGAAAGUGACCGUAUGUUAGUCAUGCAAAUGGUCAUUAAGCUAGCAGACAUCAAUGGUCCCAGUAAAGCCAGAGAUUUACAUUUUGAGUGGACAAGAAGAAUUGCUGAAGAAUUUUAUGAACAGGGUGAUGAAGAACAGUCAAGAGGAAUGCCAAUAUCACCCUAUAUGGACAGAACUUGUCCACAAUUAGCUAAAUUACAAGAAACCUUUAUUAAUCAUCUAGUAGCCCCAUUAUGUAAUGCUAUGGUAACUGGUGGAUUAUUACCAGGAACAUGGGUUGAAGAUGAUGGUGAUGGUGACAGUAAGUAG